AUGGGCUCAGGAGGUGCCCGAGGGAUGUGGGUUGUCCUUGGUACCACCCUGGAUGACACCCUCCCGUCAGCAGGGAACACCCCUGGAGUCGAUGAUCGGAUGCCCCCUCUGGUUGCUCGGCUCGGUGGGGUACAAUGGACGUCUUGGCCAGAUGGUCAUGCAAAUUAUGAGGUUGAUGAGGUAGGACCUGCAAAUAAUGAGUGUGAUGAGGUAAGACAUGCAGAUAAUGAGGGUGAUAAAACCAUUGAAUCUCCUAAGCUUGGAAUGACAUUUUCAUCUAUUGAAGAAGUUUGGUCUUACUAUAUGAAGUAUGGUAAGCAGAAUGGGUUUGGGGUGUGUAAAAGAAAUCCUAGACCGGAUGACGAUGGGAAUGUUAGAUGGCUUUGCUUGGUAUGUGAACGAGAAGGCACAUCCAAGGGUAAGGCUGCGAAUAUUCUGAAGCCAAGAGGAACAGAAAAGGUAGGGUGUAUGGCUAGGAUUAAUGCAUCCCUGAAUAGUGAAGGCGGAUAUACCCUGACUAAAGUAAAAUUGGAUCACACACACGUUUGUAGUCCUGGAAAGGCAAGACAUUUCAGAUGCUUUAAGAAGAUUGAUACACGAGUGGCUAAGAGACUUGAAGUAAAUGACAAGGCAAGUAUACAAGUAUCAAAAAAUUUCAAGUCUGUGGUUGUUGAGGUGAGAGGUUACGAGAAUGUGUCAUUCGGGGAGAAAGAGUGUCGGAACUACAUUGAAAAAGCACGUCAGCUUCGCCUCGAGGUUGGAGGUGCUGAAUCUCUAAGUAAUUAUUUUCGAGAUAUGCAGAGUAAAAAUCCAGAUUUUUGCUAUCAGAUAGAUGUGGACCAUGAGUUGCGGUUAAAGAAUGUGUUUUGGGCAGACGUCCAAAGUAGAGCUGCGUAUGAAUCAUUCGGAGAUGUGAUUACAUUUGACACAACAUACUUGACUAAUGCGUACAAUAUGCCAUUUGCGCCGUUUGUUGGUGUAAACCACCAUGGUCAAUCAAUCUUAUUUGGAUGCAGAUUGAUAUCCAAUAAGGACGCACGUACCUUUGAGCGGUUAUUUGAGGCAUGGUUGAAGUGUAUGAAUGACCAACCGCCAAAUGCAAUCAUCACAGACCAAGAUAAGGCAAUCCAAAUUGCAAUUUCAAGGGUAUUUCCGACGUCUAGGCGUCGCUUCUGCUUGUGGCAUAUAAUGAAGAAACUUCAUGAGAAAUUUGGAUCACAUUCUCGAUAUAAGGAGAUCAAGAAUUCUCUACAGAAGUGCGUAUAUGACUCUUUAAGUGAGCAUGAAUUCGAAGAAUCCUACGUCAGAGACACAUUUUGGGCAGGAAUGUCAACAACACAACGGAGUGAAAGUAUGAAUGCAUUUUUUGAUGACUAUGUUAAUUCUAAAACAACUCUGAAACAAUUCGUUGAUCAGUACGAUUCAGCCCUAAGGAGGAAGGUAGAGAAUGAAGCAAUUGCUGACUUCAAUUCAUUUAAUACUGAGAUUUCUUGCAUCAGUCGCUAUCCUUUUGAGAAGCAAUUUCAAAAGGGUGGUAGAUAUACAUUUGUAGUUGCUGAUGAGGUUCAAGUGCAUGAUGACUUAUUAAAACGUGCAAACUACACUGUUAAGAUUGAUGAAGAUCCACUUGAUGUUAAAUGCAGUUACAAGUUGUUUGAGUUUAGGGGCAUAUUAUGCAGACACAUUCUUCGUAUCUUGACGCAGCUAGGCAAGAGUACAGUACCAUCAAAAUACAUAUUGGAUCGGUGGAGAAAGGAUGUAAAACGAAAAUACACAUUCGUCAAAAGCAAUUAUGACACAAGUAGCAACCACAAUGCCUGGAGGUACGAUAGGAUACAAAAUUGUUUCUAUGAACUGUGUUCUAAUGCUUCAAAGGCCGAGAGCAGCACUGAGAAACUGAUUAGCCAACUAGAGGAGUUGAAGGUAGAAUACCCGAGCAUCGCUGAUCUUGAUACUACCAUGGAGGGAACGACAGGAAAAGUUCUUAGUCCAGUAGUAGUUCAUAGUAAGGGAAGACCACCGUUUAGGAGAAAAGUGCACCCCGUCGAGAAGACUCUUAAGAAACCUAGUACGAGAAGGAGAUUGCGAUGCUGUGAAUCUGAGGUUCAUUUGUAA